UGCCCAUUUAUAACCCAUCCUCUUUAAAAAGUUUAGCAAUAGAACAAAUAAACAAAACAACACAUUUAAAUAAUAUCACACCUGAAACUAUCUCUGAUACUCACUCUGCAACACAAACACGAAAAAGAAAGCGUGGUAACAAAAAAAAACUGGCAAAGUUACUGAGAAAUAAGGGAUUACAAUAUUCGACGUCCUCAAAGCAAAAAAAAGUAAUUCCUGAAAGAAAAAUAGGGAUUCCUUGUGGUAUGAGUUGUCGAUUAAAAUGUUCGGAAAAAUUUACCGAAGAAUCCCGUCGCUACAUAUUCAAUAAUUACUGGCAAAUGAGUUCCCUAUCAAAACAAAGAGAUUUCAUUUCUAAACACAUGACAGAAAUCAAACCGAAAUAUCAAUACAAAAAAAUAUUCAAUAAUAGAAAAGCUAAGCACGCAUUUUAUUUAACAGCAAGUAAUGAAAAAAAAAGAGUAUGCAAAAUAUUUUUCAAAAACACUUUAGGCAUUAACGAUCGCCCAAUUCGAACAGUCAUCGCAAAAUUAAAUUUAUGUGGUAUUGUUGAACCAGACCUGCGAGGUAAACAUGACAACCAUGGGACCAAAACAUCAAGCGAAUUAUUGGACAGGGUUAGAAAACAUAUUGCGAGCAUACCUCGAAUUGAAAGUCAUUAUUUACGCAAACAGACGACAAGGGAAUUUAUAGAAGGUGGGAAAACAUUAACCGAUUUAUAUAGAGAUUACAAAAAAGACUGCGAAAUUGAAGGACUUGACUACGUGAAGCUACAUAUAUAUCGUAAAGUUUUUAAAGAAGAUUUUAAUAUAAGUUUUUUUGUCCCUAAAAAGGAUCAGUGUGAAGACUGUGUGGCUUAUGAAAAUGCGAACCUUGAAGAGAAAGAAAAAAUGAAUGAAGAAUAUACAUUACAUUUAAAAGAAAAAGAGUUAAGCCGAGAAGAAAAAAAACGAGACAAAGAAUUAAUUGAUGACAAUAACAUAGUAGCAUGUUAUGAUUUGCAAGCUAUCCUGCAAGUUCCUAAAGGGGAUGUUUCAUCUUUUUAUUAUAAGUCAAGACUGAACUGCUUGAACUUUACAAUUUGUGAGCUCAAAGCCGAUUGUACUCAUUGCUAUUUCUGGACUGAAGUAGAAGGGCAAAAAGGUGCUAACGAAAUAGGUUCUUGUGUAUUUAAAUUCUUACAAAAAAAAUCGGCAACAGCAUCGUCUGACCUCAACAUAAUUUUUUAUUCAGAUAACUGUUGCGGACAACAAAAAAAUCAAUUUGUUUUUUCCAUGUAUUUAUAUGCAGUGGCAAAUUUGCCAAACAUUGCCUCUAUUACCCACAAAUUUUUGAUCAAGGGUCAUACCCAAAACGAAGGGGAUUCCGUCCAUUCUAUGAUUGAGCGCCAGAUAAAGAAGAAGCUUAGGUCAGGACCAAUAUAUGUUCCUGAUCAAUAUAUAAGUGCUAUUCGAGACGCAAAAAAAAGGGGCAAUAAAUACAAUGUAGUGGAAAUGGCACACCAUGAGUUUUAUGACAUCAAAAAGCUGCAAGAAUUCAAACUAACUAAAAAUACGGAAGGGGGGGCCAUAAAAGUAGGUGACAUAAAAGUUCUAAAAGUUGAAAAGUCUGAUUCUAACCAUAACGUUAGAGUUUUUUACAAAACUUCAUAUUCUGAUGAAACUUUUAAAGAAAUUAACUUACUCAAGCUUCGACGGAUACAACCUCAAUUAGUGCCUUUGUAUAAUAAUAAAUUGCCAUUAGCUGAAAAUAAAAAGAAGGAUCUGAAAGAUCUUAUUAAAAAGAACGCAAUUUUGCCUUACUAUGUAUCGUCUUUUUACAAUAAUAUUUUAUAAAAUGUUUUUUUUUGUCAUUUUACUUUAGAAAGUUUUUUAUGUUUUGUUUUGUGAGAGAUUUAUUGUUAAAUUUAGAAAAAAGCUGUAUCUCAAUAGAGAUGGAUGAGUAAUUUAAUUAGGACUCACAGAAGACUGUUUGCUUUUAAGUGAUAUUAUUAUUAACAGUGCCAAAAUAUUAUUAAGUACCUAAUGUUAUUAGUUCUAUGAGAAUUUAAGAAAGAUUUUCUGACAAUUUAUUUUCAUUGUUUUGUAACUUUAAUAAAUAAGCAUUAUCUCUUAGAGAUAGGAUUAAUUUAAUUAGAACUCACUGAAGACUGGUUGAUUUAAGUAAUAUUAACAUAGUCUUAAUAUUUGGGCCAAUUAUUAAGUAAUGUUAUAAGUUUUUCUGUCAGUGUGAUUUACAAACAAGUACAUUUUUAUCAUUAUGUGUGAGGCGAGGAUGUUAAAUUAAUAAGUAAUUAUAGUUAAUAAAGAUGGUUGAUUUCUGCAGUGGUAGUUUUAAUUAAAAAAUCAUU